GCCGGACCGGAGAUUAGCAGGCGCUUUAAGUGGAUUAGAAAGCAACAGAGGCAGAGAGAGGAGAGUAGAAGAGAGAAGAGCGGAGAGGCGAGAAGUUGGCGGAGCAGGCGCCGCUUUGCGAGUUGCUUCCAUUCAGCCGGCUGGCCAGGCGCGCUCCCUCGUCCGGCUUUUCUUUCUGGCUUGAAGAGCCCCGCCAUGCCCCAGACAGUGGCGCUGAACGGUCCUUCGCCAUGGGGGUUCCGCCUGGUCGGAGGGAAAGAUUUUAGCACUCCGCUGACUAUUUCCCGGAUAAAUCCAGGAAGUAAAGCUGCUGUCGCUAACCUUUGCCCAGGUGAUGUCAUUUUGUCAAUUAAUGGUGACAGCACAGAAAAUAUGACACAUUUAGAAGCACAAAACAAGAUCAAAGCUUGUCUGGAUCAACUGAUACUAUCUGUGAACAGGGCUGAAGGCAAGGUUUGGUCACCUAAUACUGUAGAAGAUGGAAAAGCACAAGCUUAUCGUGUCAGUGUAGAACCUGAAUUGCAGGAUAAUGGACCGGUUCCAAACAGGAGACCCAUGGCCUUUUCACCUGGAGGAAGUCCAACAGACAACAAGCAGGCCUUAAAUUUGCAAUACAAUAAUCCUUCACGUCUGUAUGUAAACAACAGUCCAGAUUCUAGUUUACCCUCACAGAUGAGUGGUUUCCAUAUCACAAGUCCCCAAAGUGCUGAUCCUCUAAGGUCUCUACCAAGGAACAAAAACGGAAUCGACACAGACUCGGAUGUGUACAAAAUGCUACAAGAUCAUGAAAGGCCCAUUUCAGAACCUAAGCAGUCAGGAUCUUUCCGGUAUCUGCAAGGCAUGUUGGAAGCUGGACAGAAUGGUGAAAAGUACGACAAAGUGACCAGUCCGAGACACAUUAAAUCUCCAGUCCCUAAACUGGGUGGAGCCAUGUCUGGCUUGCAGAUGCUCCCUGAGUGCACCAGAUGUGGUAAUGGCAUUGUUGGCACAAUAGUGAAAGCCCGUGACAAGCUCUACCAUCCAGAAUGUUUCAUGUGUGACGACUGUGGCCUCAACCUGAAGCAAAGGGGCUAUUUCUUCAUUGAGGAACAACUAUACUGUGAGACGCAUGCCAAAGAAAGGGUUAAACCACCAGAAGGAUACGACGUGGUAGCUGUUUAUCCCAAUGCCAAAGUUGAACUUGUCUAAUUAGAUAAGCCUAUUUCCCAGCCAGGUUGAAAGGGCUAGAAGAGCGUCAAAAGGGUUUAUUCUCAGUAAAAUAUUUUUCAGAGAUCAAAUGAAUUACCCUUGGGACCUUAGGUGGGAUAGUAUUGGUUGCAGAAAAAAAUCGCUUUCCCCCAUUUCUUAUAAAACCGCUUUUCGGUUGCUGUGCUGGAGUUUUUAUAAAAAACCUGCAAAUAAUAUUUGCUGUAGACCAUCCAAAAUCUAUGUAAAAAUAGAUGCUUUUUAAAAAGAACUUUUCCACAUACAAUCAGCAUUUUUUUUUGUCCCAUUUAAAAAUAAGGCACUUUAAGAACUGACAGUUUAAAGCAUUGCAUUAAAUUUUACUUUUUGUCAGUAAUAUAGAUGUACGAUAAAUACAGCUUUGUGGCUUUCAGGGUAUAGAACACUGAGACCAUGUUUAAUUAUUAUUGUUAUUAAUAAUAUAGUUAGAGAAAUUCUCUUAUAAAUCCUUUUUUAAGUGAUGUUGAUAUAGUUGCUGCCUAUUUGUUAUUUUAGUUAUGUUCAGUAUCUAGGAAACAACUGCCUUUUUAUUUGCAAAAGGAGCAAAAUCUUUUUUGAGUUGAGCUUUACUCCUAGUGACUGCUUACUUGGGCUACCAUAUCUAAGCUGCAAAAAUUUGGACAUCCAUUAGAAAGCAAGCUAGAGGAUUCCGUAUGUUUUGUGCCCUCUAUGGUUGAGUGUUUUGCAGCCCAGAUGUGGUAGCCUUAUUCACGGACAUGGAUACCUUAUUUUCUUCGUAAUAAUGCAAAAGUCAUUUCACACUUUUCCUGGAACAAUCAAAGUAAUGAAGAGCCCCUUUUUGUCAUCCUUGUGACAGAUGGCAGCAUUAACAGCUGGAACUUUCUGCUUGCCUAAUCCUGCCCUUUUAAUUCUCCUAAAGAAAACAUUAUUGGAAACCUAUAAUUGAUACUCUGUUGGUUAAGAGCAUUGAGCAGGUUAAAGAUGAUAUGUGUGUUCUCAGACCUUCUAGAUCAUCUGAUGCUGUCAGUUGGAAAGAUCAAGAACUGUCAAAUGUAAAAUUCUCUGUAAACAAAAAUGUAUGGAAUACAUGUAAAGCAAAGAACCAGAUAUAACAGAAUCUUUACAUAUGAUACCAAUGUUCUUUCUUUUCUGUGAGAUACCAUAAUUGCUCUUGCUGUUAUUCCUUUGUAUCGAAUGACAUGGACAACUAUUUCUCUACUUCCUCCUUUGUGUUUAAACGAUAAGAUUUUAUAUUCAAGCCUGAAAUAUAGAACUGUUCUCAGGUUCAAUUAAUUUGAAUUUUAGUAUUCAUCUCUGGGGCAAACAUCAGUUCAGUCAAUAUAAAAGAAAUCCUGAAAGAUCACAAAGUUAUUUUGACCUUGAGUUUUCAGAACUGAAUAUCCCUGGACAUACUAAAGUCUCUUCGUGUUUGAAUGAACUGAAUGAACUGCAGAAAAGUCCAUAUAGUUAUAAGAAAAUUAAACCUCAUUUCAGACAAACAGACAUAGAAGAUAGACAGAUAGAUUGACAUUUAUUUCUUGAUAACGUAGGAUGAAACUUGCCCAGUGUGAAAACCACUUUAUGUUUUAACAAGUAAAAUGUAGCAACAAGGAUGAAGAAAAGUAUGUACUUUUAGUUAUAACAUAGUUCUCUAUGCCAUUAACAUAUUGUCUGCAUCAUUAGGGUUCUCGUUUAAAGAAGCUUGAUUGACUGAAUAUUUUUUUUUUUGCCAUCUGCAGUUGUUAUAAAUGUAUAUAUUAAUAAUCAUUUAGCCAGCAAUCGAGAGGGAGUCUGACCCUGUCAGCCAUAUAAGCUUUAAUAGAAGACACAAAAGCUUUUCCUCCAUCUUUUUUUGUCUUCGCCCUCCACCCAAUGGAAGGCCCUCAGCCAGUUUGCACCACUUCGGGAGAACCAGUUGUUAACUUUCUGAGCAGUUUGGUGAACGGCUUGUUGGAAGAAAUCAUUAGGGCAGAGAACCGGUUGUUAAAUUAUUUGAAUCCCACCACAGCCUCCACCUGCAUACUUUUGUUGUGAAAGACUAGUGAAAGACUAGUGAAAUUCUCCUGCAUGGAAAACUGGUGAUCCUCUUCCCUUGAAGUGCCUACAAAAUUCCAUCUGGUAGCUUUCUGCCUGCCACUGCUUGCAAGGAAAAUACUGAUGAUGUCCUUUCAGAAGGACCACGUCUGCUACAUCCUAUUUUUAGCCAUCAGUAAUAGGGAAGGUAUCUCAGCAUUGCAUUGCUCUUUUGAUUUUUGUUUGUGUUUGUGAGUUUUUGCUGACCAAUUAAACAGGAAUCCUUUUUUUGGUGUAUAAAUACGAAACUACUUUCACUGCAGUGCAUUGCAACACUUUUAUUUUCACAUUAGCUCUAUUAUCCAAAGUUUCCUGUCAGGUGGGAAAACAGCCCUAUUUGAACUCUUCAGUAGCUUCCAACUCGUAAGUGAAGGGUUGUAAUUUUAUUACCACUUAUCACUAGUUUUCAUGGUUUUUUGACCUAAUAUUUGUGUUUUUCUCUUCAUGGAAUCAUUUCAGUAAAUCAGGAGACACUUAUGUAUUAUUAUAGUUAUCAUUAAUCAAGCAAUACCAUUGUUUCAUUUCUUGGUUGCCAAGAGAUAACUAUUUCUUUUGCAACAGUUGUGUACAUUUGCUCCAAUUUGGCUUAUUUGUGUUGAUCCUUAGGGCCCCUACGUAUGAUUAUAUUGUUUCGUGGAUUAUAAGUGCUUGGUGGAGGUAUAAUUAUACUGUUUCAUGGGUUUAAAAUGCUCUGUGGAACACAUAUACUGUGAGACUACAAUUUACAAAUUGCUGGGUGCCUUUAAAUUCAAAAUUGGUACCUAAUUUCUGGUCCUUGAAAUCCAUCUGGUUUUAUUGAAGGGUCUCCCCAGUUUAUCUCACAUCUCUUUUGUCCUUUCAUUAUCAAGUGAGUUUGAUAAACAAGCAAUCUUUCUUGACUUGUAAUUAGGAUUUUUCCUGUAGGGUACAUUCUAACGAAACCGCAGACUGCCUGUCCAUGGUCCUUUGUACAAGUGCCUUGAAAAAGCCCCCAGGAUUUCCUGACUAGAAAUAAAAGUUUUUUGACAAGCGCUUUUGGGUGAACAAUUUACCUUAAUGCCUUGCAACUGUUUCUUGAAAUUAAAUUCAGCCAUUAUUUUUAAUCAGAUACAAGAUUUGAUUAAAUGUAAGUUUGUUUUUCAUUAAAACUUUCUACUUGGAAAAAUUACUUCAAGAAUUCACAUUAUGAAUUCUUUAAUACAAUUUGGGGUACAAAUACUGUAUGUGUUUCAUUGUAAUAGCUUAGAAUAUUCAGACCUUGAUUCUAGUUUUCUUAAAACAUUUAUCAGUUUAAAAACUGCUAAAUCAUACCUAUCAUUUUUUUAUGCUUAUUUUUUUCAUUUUGCUAAUUGAUGCUGCAAUAAAGCUGAAAUCUAAAAGAUGGAUAUCUCUAUAUAUACACACAUGCUAUAAUAAUCAUAUGGUUGCUUGACAAUAAUGAGAACACCUCAUAGGAAAGAAACUAAUUUGCAAAUAAAUGAGCCCAGAUAUUUCUAGAUUAAGAAGUACAUCACAAACCUGAUAUAAUCAACUUUUUCUCUUAUGCAAUGAAACACAGGUUUCUGAAUAUGUUAGGCUAUAGAUCAAUUUGCAUUGCUCUUUGUUCUCCCUUCAACUUCAUUUCAAAGGCUGUUUUUCACCCUGCAGGAGUCUGAUGUCUACUUCAGAUCUGUUAUAAUGAUAUUAAAACACGUGGCCCAUGUUGGAAAUAUAUUAGUCUUAAACUGUGAGCAUUAUAAAUUGCAUAAAACGAAUUGUGCAUAAUUACUUAAUUCAAUGAUCUAUUUCAGGCUUUAUUUUAUGCAAAUAACUUUACUAGCCAAGGAAUGAAACUUUUCUUAUCUUUUUAUCUGCAUGGAAAUUAUUAACACUCAAAAUUCCUACAAAUUUGUCUCUUGCUAGUUUUUUUUCUAAAUUGAUAAUUCAUGCGGUUUUCAGAUUGGAGCCAUCUUGUUACAAAUUCAUUUCCUUCUAGCUAUGCCCCUUAUCCUACAGAAAAAGUUUGUAGCAUAUUAUUAAAAUUGGAAUGUGAUUUGUUGCCAAUUCAGUCAAGGGAUAAGAUAUUUUUUAUUUGUGUGGAUUAACUGUUCAAUAAUACAGAAAAGCAUUUUACGAAAA